AGGGCAGCAAACGGGAGACCUUACUGAAGCGCAACUCCGAACGGAUCAACGCUUUGUCACUGUUUGUGCAGGAGGCCCGAACAUUUGCGGAUGCAGACUGUAUGGCGUCCCCUGCGGACCUACUUCCAAAACUGGCUCAUCAAGUUGUCAUGGAGUUACUCGAUAUGUGUGGUGUCCCACACGUCUGCGGCACUCGCGAAGCAGAUUUGCAAAUGGCUGAACUCGCAGUGCUUCUGGAUUGUCCUCUUGUGAGUAACGAUUCUGACUUCUACAUAUUUCAAUCGCCUGUCCCAUCACGUUAUCGAGUGAUCCCACUGUCUUCACUGAGUUCCACAUGUUACCAGUUGCCAAAAAAGUGCGCCGAUUGUGGCACUCAGUCUGCGACGUGCUACGGAUUGUCAUGUUCCGUUUUCCAUCAAUCUCAGUCUUGUUUGAACAGAGUGACACCGACUAUGCUUCCACUGCUUGCAGUGAUGUCGGACAAUGAUACCAUUUCGAACGUUCACCUUCCUGAUGGUGUGGAACGCUUAAUAAAAAAGCCCCCAAAAAUGCCAUACAGCGCGAAGCGGGUCCACGCUGUGCUGGGUUGGUUGAGCCAAUUCACGAACAAUUCCUCAGGUGCACUACGUCAAAUUCUGUCCGGAUAUUUUAGCUUACAGCUAAUCGACAUUACAAAACAAAUUGCACAGUGUAUCCGUGGAUACUUUCUCGAUCCGGUCACCGGUGGUUCCGAACUGGCCAAUGAAUUGAACCUCCCGACUGACACAGCGUUUGCCCGACACUCACCUCAUGGAAGUCCACCUGUUAACCUUGAUUCUAUCUCAGUGAGGACGGUGGAUGAGGCGGUUUCUUUGCUCGCUCAGACAUUGUCACACUGGAAAGCUGGGGAUGUUGGAGGUAACACCGAUUUCUGCUUUCAGUGGCCACGAAGACUGAGUCAUGGCUUCCGAACUGGUCGCAUAUCCACUUCAUUGCUUGAUGCGCUAUACGUACGUGGUGGAAGUGUACUACGGAUUCUGUACGAGGAUUUGAAGUACGAGAACUCCAUUUACUCUGUGAGUGAGCAUAUUCGAUCGCUAAACUAUCGCUUAUUGGUUGAACUUGAGAACCACAUUGGUUGUUCGCACAAACUCCGCUGGUUGACGGAUGGCAAGCCGAUAGAGAGCCGUCGUGAGGGCAGGCGAAUGUCCACGUUCUCUGUUCAUUUGCCAGUUGCGACUGUGCCCCGUUGUGAGUCGACCGUAGAGUGUUUCGACCGAUUUUUCAGCCAGUAUUUGUCCAUUGGACUGAGCAGCGUGGUUUGUGACUCACCGCAGACAGUGGGUAUCAUUUGUGUGCUAAUCGUGUGGUUGCGACAUACAUCUAUUAAGGAGGUCGCCCGGAUUCCAGUGAACGAAAACCCCGUCGCGCUAGCCUUUACCAUGUGUGCCAUGUUGACUGGAUUUCGUUAUGAAGACUUCCGUGGUCAAGAAGAAACCAUGGCUGACAAGAAAUUGGCGGAACUGUGUAAAGGAUAUGGUCAAAUUGUUAGCGAUGCGAAACGUGAAUGUGCGAAAAAUGGUCACCAACGCUACUCAAUCGAGAUUGUUCAUCAGCUGAAUGAGUUACAAUUGGUGUUCGUGGAGUUGCAGCACCUGACGACUUUGCUGGAAGUCCUAAGCACAUGUAAUGGUGGGGAGGAAGACCCCAAUGGAGGUGAGAGGGCACAAGCUGACGAAAAGCGACUGACAUUUUGGCCAGGGUGGGUGAUGUUUUCAAGUGGACGUCUGCUUCAUUGGUUGGUACAGGCUCUGGCAUGUGCUCCACCUGAUGACCGAAUCGAACGUUUGAAGAAUGUGUGGAUCCCCAUCCUGUUGCGUGCGGUAUCCUCCGACAUCAGUACAUCAAGUGCGUCAGAAUUUUCGAACCGCGUUGCUGAUGUACUCGGGGCUGUGCUACGCGUAUUGACUGAUGUCGCAUUUACACCAUCGAACGUGUGA